UAAAACGUAAUGUUUAUUGUGUUCGCUCAACGUGAUGUGAUUAUGAUCACACAGUUCCCGUUGUGAUAUAGACAGUUCAACAUAAGCAGGUUUAGGACGCAGCAAGCGCUCAGAGUGGGACGCACUUUUAGUCAGGCGCGCAGAUUAUGCAAAAGCCCACCAAAGAAGAGCGCAAUGUUUCAGCCUAUUGGAACAAUUGAGUAAUUACAGCGACAUGCUUAAUAAUAGAUGUAAUUCGCUAGACACGUAUUUUACACGACGAAACGCGCAAAUUUAAACGUGACGCACGUUGCUCGAAGUAUGUAAAUCACAUUCGUUUUUAAAAUUAUGUCUAAAAAUGGAGAGAAUUUGGAGAAAUUCGGAUUUAAAAGCGCGAUUCAGGAAACCAAUCAUGUAAAUAUGAAUUCUUGAACAUUAUGAUGGAUAUGGCGGUGUGAGCUUGUUUGCUUUUUGUCUCCACGUCAAGGACGCCGAACAUUUUCUGAUUUGUCUUCGUGUUUGCUUAAGCUGUGAAUGUUUGCCAUCACAGUUGUUCGCGAUAAAUAGUUUUCCAAGAUGUUGUCUUAGCGAGAAAAUGUCUCUCUCCUUUCUGAGGGUUAAAAAUAGACGCGCAAUGUUUGCAUGCGACUAAUCUUCACCUCCUUCCAAUGAAUAAACGAAAUAAAAGAAUCAUCAACUGUCUUCGCGCACGCUUGGAAGCCGCCUUGACCCUGCACGAGUGAUAUACAUUCACACUUCCAAAAAUUAAGAGGCAAAAAUUAUCAGCCUUCAGUUUUAGUGCACUCUUCAAACUUAAUGUUCAUGUCAACAGCACUCAGGAAAAUUUGCAAUAUCUUGUCAACAGAAUACUCAACGAUAUAAGUGCCUCGCGUAAUGUAUACUGAGAGAUUCUAGGAUUUAGGCUGAAAGAAACUACGCGAUCAUUUUACCGCCGUCGCAACAAUAACAAGUGCGUCGAUAUAAAGAAAUCUCGUAAAGUAAAAAUAUAUUGCUUUUCACACAGUUCUAUCACCUUAAAAUUCUCCACCUUGGAAGAGCAGAAAAGGACCGUCUUUUAAGAAUUUUUUAGGUAAUCAAGUUUAGAAGCAACCCAUCUGAUAAUCUCGUUAUUCCAAAUUUUUCCUAAGCCUAGACAUAAAUGCAAUCAAAAACAACAAACGUUAUGUAGUCUUGUUGAGACAGAUCACAGAGUACCUUAUUACACUUGAUAUCAAAGAUACCGGCGUAAUAUAAUGUUCUUAAUGAUCUAAGCAGUUCUUCUUUGCAUCAAUUAAGACAGUAAUAAUCAAAGAAUAUUUGUUACUAUGUUUAAAAAUUGUGACAUGCGUGCGUGCACUGUACAUCGCUUUUGAUGAAAAGUAGCAGCUAAUCCAAAGCUUUUUUCACCUCUCUCAUUUUCUGUUUAAACUAUAAAAAUCGACACGGGAGUUUGGAAGGUUCUAAUCGUUCAUACAAAUGUGUGAGGUGUUAUUAGUUUAACAUCUGUUUGACGCACCCAUAUGUAAAAUAUGACCAUUGCCUUGGACCCAGUUAGAUUUGUCGAGAUAAUAGGUUUGUAGGUAGAGGGUGGGAGAAAUGAAGAUGUGAGUGAUGAGGUUCGCUUGGUUUUCUAAAGUUCUAUUUCAGAAUAACGCGUCUGGCUUGUAUUAGUAAUAUGGAGGUGAUGACGAUAUUCUGUUUUCAGAUUAUCAGCAGGAAAUAUACUUACGCUUCAUCUUGGGUGUCUAAGCCAGGUGAUGAUGACACCGACACGCGGCCGGGGACAUUCACUUGUAGUUCUCGUGGAAUAGGUCGAGGAUCGAGGGAUGCCUGGGAAUAGUGUAUGUUUGGAAGAUCAUAAACGUUAUGUAGUCAGUGAAGUAGUGUCUUCAAACACUGCUGUUAGAGUUGCAUGGUCGAAUAGUAUUGUUGAUUUGAAAUAAGGCUUUAUAGAUUUGCAUGAUCCAUGCUCCCAAUCAUGUGUAUCAACUAUCAGCACACCACAACAGUCAUGCUGAGGCUCUGUGAACGAUCCGAUGUGAUAUUUCCUGCCCAGGUUCCCGCCUGCUCCUCGAGCACCCCUCGUUCCGCGAGCAUGCGCGGUGAAUUUUUUCUGCUCGAAUUAGAACGUUUUUUUUUGAAAACAUUUGCGAAUAAUUCAAUUAAUCGAUUAAUUGGUAAACUCUGCGCGCAAAAUCCUAAUUUUAGUCUACGACGAGUGCGCGCACUUUUGCGCAAAGUCAAGUGAAUCUCCUUUUCGGCCGGCUUUCUUCAUUGUUUCCCUCGCUGCGCGCAUGAAACUUGAGCCAGAUCGGCAAAGGAAUUGCGCCACAGUUGCGUUUAAUCGGAUACGAGUGUUUACAAGAGAGUGCAGUUCUAGGUGCUGAAACACCGAAGCGGAAAAAUUUAAUUAGGGCGGUUAAUUGAUCACCACCUGUGAUAAGCAACAUUCUUACAUUUAAUGACAUAUUUGAGGCGAGAGCUUUCAGUAGACCAUUUACUCGCUUGGGGAGCACAUAAAAGCGCGAAUAAUGGCCAAAAGAGAUGACAGCCAGUUGAAUCUUAUUCUUUCCUCAAAAGCUCACGCGUUUUCAGUUGCUUCGCUUAUUUCACCACAAGACGGAGACGAUGAUUUACAAAGAUAUGCAUAUCCUUCGUCUGAUUCAGACUCAACUGAUCUCACAAGCUCGGCUUUGGGAUCAAUGCAGGCAAUGCAAAAUAGGAUGCCGUUGAACGAAGAACGCUCCCUUGAAGAUAUCAAAGUUGAUUUACAAAUGAAAGAUCUCUGGCAUCGAUUUCAUGAACUUGGGACUGAAAUGAUUAUCACAAAGGCAGGAAGACGCAUGUUUCCCGCAAUGCGCAUCAAAAUUAGUGGCAUGGAUCCGAACGCGCAAUAUAUUUUAAUCUUGGACGUGGUACCCGUGGAUAAUAAGAGAUACAGAUAUGCGUAUCACAGUUCAAAGUGGAUGGUUGCAGGGAAUGCAGACGCCCCCAUGCCUGGAAGAGUGUACAUCCACCCUGACUCACCUGCCUCUGGUGAAGAAUGGAUGAGACAAGUCAUAUCAUUUGACAAAGUCAAGCUUACUAACAACGAACUGGACCAACAAGGACAUAUCAUCCUUCACUCAAUGCAUAAAUAUCAACCACGAAUCCACAUCAUAAAGAAGAAAGAUUCCUCGUCUGCUAAACAAGAUCAAGUGAAUGAUUUGGAGCAGGACACGACAAACGCUGAAUCUAAAACAUUUGUUUUUCACGAGACAGAGUUUAUCACUGUGACUGCUUAUCAGAACCAACAGAUAACUCGUCUCAAAAUUGAUCGUAAUCCAUUUGCAAAAGGUUUCCGAGAUUCAGGAAGAAUCAGAGAUGCAAUGGAUGAACUGAUGCAGGCAUAUUCCUGCUGGCGUCCUCCAAUAAGACCAGUUCCUUAUCCUGAUUACAACGGCAAUGACGUCGCUUUCUCGCAAGAUAUGAGAACAGGUGUGGACGAACAACACGAACUGUCAGGAUUCAACACAAAUUUCACCACGGCUCCCCCACCUUCGACAAACUCCACUUCUGUGUCGUAUCCCUCCGCAUCAAUGGUUUACCCCACAUCCAACUACCCUCCCACCGCUUACAACGGAUUUAGUAACGCGUACAGCGGUUACCCAACGCUAGCGCAUGCUCAUGUUCCGGGCACGCAGUUUUCCCCUCAUUACACUACUUGCUCAUACCCACCUCAACAUAACCAACCUAGAUUCCAGGCUAACGCGGUCCCUGCUAACGUCAGCAUGAAUUAUGGUUACCAUGGAAAUCAAGUGGUAGCAGAUCCUUCAUCUCAAUCAUCUUACGUGCAAUAACACCUUCGGUGGACACACGUGACCUCCCGACUGGAAUACGAGUACUGUACGACAACGGGUGUACUGGAAGUCCAGUCGAAGGGAAGUUCUUUACAUCUUUUGCCAAAACAAGAUAUUGUGUUUAAAUGAGAACUACAAGAAGUCAGAGAGCACCAUUGUCUACCUGUGAUAAAUAUUAUCACUUCAUUUCAGUAUUUUGUCGUAGUCCCAUAUUCAAUCAUGAUACCGUAAAAAAAGUUGACAAUCAUCUUCUAUCUCGUCGCGAAAUGCUCGUGCAAACACACCCAGUAAAAUAAAACCUGAAAUAAUAUAUAACACUUCCCAAAUAUUUGAAAACGAAGACAGUCCAUUUGAUAAUGGAUUCAUCUUCCCUUCUUAAUCUCAUGCACACAAUUGUUCCAUUUGAACUCAAGUGAAAUCGGAAAAUGUAUAUUGGCUGAAAGAAGUCUUUCUCUUCCUAUUCUUUGAUUUUGCACUGGGUAACGAUAGCACCUGAAUAAUUGAUAUUGUUGUGAAAUUUUUAUAACAAGAAACUGAAUGAAUGCGGGCGGGAUAUUUCAUGUAUAUAAAAAUGAUAGUCUGUAAAUAGUCUAUAAGAAAGAGUUUAUAAGAAUCUAAAGGCUAAUGAUUGCCUGCAUCCUGUCGUUUCUUAGUGUUAUUUACCAUAGAUAUUACCGUUCCUGCGGCCUCAUUUAAAUCUAGAAAUUUGGAAUUAGAAACGUGUGUUUACUGCGAGGAUGAGAGAAUAAAUAGCCCAUUUCUCGCUAGUAAAACGUCGUAGAAUAUACAUCAUGAGUUGCUUAGAGUUAGAGCAGGUGUUUUUUUACUUCAUAACAAUAUAUUAUAUAUAGUCACACUAAUGGAAACUGCUGUUGUCUGUGUGCUAUUUCCCAAUUCUUUAAACUGUUUUGUACAUUUGUAAGAAGUUAUAAUUUAAAUGAUAAUGAGAUCUUAUACACACCCACAUAUUAUUUUGACAGGUUUUAAUACAAGUAGACAGUAAUAUAGU